GAAGCAGCGCAUUUGUCUCCGGGAACCCCCCCCACGCCCCGGCCACCCAGCCCGGGAAAUCCGCCCGGGCCUCCCGGCCCCGCCCCGGAGCCCCGCCCCGCCCGCCGCCGCCGCCGCCUCCGCCGCCCUCCGCUCCGCUCGGCUCGGGCUCGGCUCGGGCGCGGGCGCGGGCGCGGGGCGCGGGGCUGGGCCCGGGCGGAGCGGCGGCCGCUCCGGACAUGUCGGGCCCUCGCGCCGGCUUCUACCGGCAGGAGCUGAACAAGACCGUGUGGGAGGUGCCGCAGCGGCUGCAGGGGCUGCGCCCGGUGGGCUCCGGCGCCUACGGCUCCGUCUGUUCGGCCUACGACGCCCGGCUGCGCCAGAAGGUGGCGGUGAAGAAGCUGUCGCGCCCCUUCCAGUCGCUGAUCCACGCGCGCAGAACGUACCGGGAGCUGCGGCUGCUCAAGCACCUGAAGCACGAGAACGUCAUCGGGCUUCUGGACGUCUUCACGCCGGCCACGUCCAUCGAGGACUUCAGCGAAGUGUACUUGGUGACCACCCUGAUGGGCGCCGACCUGAACAACAUCGUCAAGUGCCAGGCGCUGAGCGACGAGCACGUUCAAUUCCUGGUUUACCAGCUGCUGCGCGGGCUGAAGUACAUCCACUCGGCCGGGAUCAUCCACCGGGACCUGAAGCCCAGCAACGUGGCUGUGAACGAGGACUGUGAGCUCAGGAUCCUGGAUUUCGGGCUGGCGCGCCAGGCGGACGAGGAGAUGACCGGCUAUGUGGCCACGCGCUGGUACCGGGCACCUGAGAUCAUGCUCAACUGGAUGCAUUACAACCAAACAGUGGAUAUCUGGUCCGUGGGCUGCAUCAUGGCUGAGCUGCUCCAGGGCAAGGCCCUCUUCCCGGGAAGCGACUACAUUGACCAGCUGAAGCGCAUCAUGGAAGUGGUGGGCACACCCAGCCCUGAGGUUCUGGCAAAAAUCUCCUCGGAACACGCCCGGACAUAUAUCCAGUCCCUGCCCCCCAUGCCCCAGAAGGACCUGAGCAGCAUCUUCCGUGGAGCCAACCCCCUGGCCAUAGACCUCCUUGGAAGGAUGCUGGUCCUGGACAGUGACCAGAGGGUCAGUGCGGCUGAGGCACUGGCCCAUGCCUACUUCAGCCAGUACCACGACCCCGAGGAUGAGCCAGAGGCAGAGCCAUAUGAUGAGAGCGUUGAGGCCAAGGAGCGCACGCUGGAGGAGUGGAAGGAGCUCACUUACCAGGAAGUCCUCAGCUUCAAGCCCCCAGAGCCACCGAAGCCACCUGGCAGCCUGGAGAUUGAGCAGUGAGGUGCUGCCCAGCAGCCCCUGAGAGCCUGUGGAGGGGCUUGGGCCUGCACCCUUCCACAGCUGGCCUGGUUUCCUCGAGAGGCACCUCCCACACUCCUAUGGUCACAGACUUCUGGCCUAGGACCCCUCGCCUUCAGGAGAAUCUACACGCAUGUAUGCAUGCACAAACGUGUGUACAUGUGCUUGCCAUGUGUAGGAGUCUGGGCACAAGUGUCCCUGGGCCUACCUUGGUCCUCCUGCCCUCUUCUGGCUACUGCACUCUCCACUGGGACCUGACUGUGGGGUCCUAGAUGCCAAAGGGGUUCCCCUGCGGAGUUCCCCUGUCUGUCCCAGGCCGACCCAAGGGAGUGUCAGCCUUGGGAUCUCUUCUGUCCCAGGGCUUUCUGGAGGGCGCGCUGGGGCCGGGACCCCGGGAGACUCAAAGGGAGAGGUCUCAGUGGUUAGAGCUGCUCAGCCUGGGGGUAGGGGGCUGUCUGGUCACUGCUGAGACCCACAGGUCUAAGAGGAGAGGCAGAGCCAGUGUGCCACCAGGCUGGGCAGGGACAACCACCAGGUGUCAAAUGAGAAAAGCUGCCUGGAGUCUUGUGUUCACCCGUGGGUGUGUGUGAGCACGUGUGGAUGAGCGUGCACUCCCCGUGUUCAUAUGUCAGGGCACAUGUGAUGUGGUGCAUGUGAAUCUGUGGGCGCCCAAGGCCAGCAGCCAUAUCUGGCAAGAAGCUGGAGCUGGGGUGGGUGUGCUGUUGCCUUCCCUCUCCUCGGUUCCUGAUGCCUUGAGGGGUGUUUCAGACUGGCGGCUCCAGUGGGCCAAAGGGCAACCACAUGAGCAUGGGCAGGGGCUUUCUCCUUGGAUGUGGGACCCACAGCAGUUUCCUGAGGCUGGGGGUGGGUGGGUGGUUUGGCCUUGAGGACACUAAGGCAGGCAGCACACCUGGAUGUGGACUUGGACACUUCUGCCCCGCACCCUGGCCCGCUCUCUACCUCUGCCCACCGUUGUGGCCCUGCAGCCGGAGAUCUGAGGUGCUCUGGUCUGUGGGUCAGUCCUCUUUCCUUGUCCCAGGAUGGAGCUGAUCCAGUAAACUCGGAGACGGGACCCUGCCCAGAGCUGAGUUGGGGGUGUGGCUCUGCCCUGGAAAGGGGGUGACCUCUUGCCUCGAGGGAAGCCUGGGUGUCAAGUGCCUGCACCAGGGGUGCACAAUAAAGGGGGUUCUCUCUCA